GCAGAGGCUGCCCUCACUCGGACCGCGCGAGACGUUCAGCAGAACUUUGCCGAUCAUGCCGCGGAGAACUAGGGCACCAGCUAUUAUGGCAUCAUCCCCAGCUUGUCCGAGGACCAAGGAAGCAGCGCAAAUACACAAAUGGACAGUCGCUCACCUCCAUAAUAUACGUAUUGGUUGUCGCCGGCGAGGAGGACGUUAAUCGCGCGGCGGACUGCCAAUCCUUUUCCUGUCACCCUGUCGUCCGCUCGCGUCGUUGUGUCAACGAAAGCAGCAGUCCCAACAGCUCCAGCUCCAACUGCUGCAUGGUCUUCGUAGAUGAGAAAGGACGCGUCUACCAGAGCUGGGCCUCGUAUGUGGCCCCCAACGAGCUGCCCGCCGGAGUGAUGGGGUCCCCAGAGCGAGGCAUUUACCGGCUGAGACCAACCAACGAUUCCGUGGACGUGCACGCGCUCGAGCAAAGAUCCGUUGAGGUCGGAGGUGUGGUGUUCGUACUGAAGGAUUACGGACAAGUUUUAUUUAUGGAGCACAUUGUGAAUGCCAAGAGCUUCGAGGAUUUGAUCACGGGCAUGGCCGAGGGCCUGGCACCCGAUGUCUUCAAUUUCGUCAUGCAACUGACACGAACCUUUUUGGACACCCACGUGGAGGAUCUAACUUCGGUGCUGAACUUCCUUAUUUCCACCGAAUCGGUGCUGUAAAAUAUCAAAAAGAUUAUAUUAGAAAAGUACGCCGGCGCGGCCUACGAAGUGAUUAUUGAUCACGCCUGAUAUUUUGAUAUUUUGUUAGCCGCCAGAGCCCUCUACUUGGCGCUGAACCCGAACCCAGUCACCUCGCGCCCCAAGAAGUGUGACGUCUGUGAGGGCUACUUCACCGUCCGCCGCAUGAACCAAAGUCCCAGUGCCAACUCUAUAAAUAAACAUACAUCAAAGCUGAUGAAAUUAUA